CAAUACCGCGAAAUGUCAAAUGAAAACAACGUGUGUCAACGGCACAAUGAGGUAAAAUAAAAACAAAGAUAAUUUCGCAUUGUUGAUGCGUUGUUCUUCAGUCAAGUUUUAGAAGGAAACCCUUAGAAUCAGUCAUGACUUCCACUGCAUUCCUCAAAGACGUGGUGGCGUAUGUUGAUGUGUGGUCUGCGAGCCGGAUGGAGGAUUACUCUGAUCCGUUCAUCCAGCAGCUGUUGGACAUGGGUGCAGAGGUAUCGAAGACACUCAACAAACAAGUGACCCAUGUAGUCUUCAAACAUGGCCGCCCGUCCACAUGGAAGAAGGCCCAGAAAAUGGGUGUAAGGAUUGUUUCUGUCCACUGGGUAGCCAGAUGCAAAGAGAGUAACGAACAUGUAGACGAAGAUCUUUUUCCUGCUCAGAAUGAAGUAUCCAAACUUCAUCUUCUGAAUAAAAGAACCCACCGUUGCAUGCAGCCUAGAGAUUUUCCUAUAAAGACCCCUGAGAAUGACAGGCGACUGAAAAAAAAAAUUGACAAGAUGAUGGAAGACAUGAUCUCCUCAUCCCCUGUUGUUUCUGACACUUCACCAUUCGUUAUUGAUGAGGAAAGUGGAAUAGUGUACAGUCCCUCUUUAAAACGCUCUGACGGCAUGGCUCAGCGACUGAGAGAAAUGAGAGCGCAACGUGAACAUCUCUCACCCACUGCCUCACAGAUGCAGGAAAGCGGCUCAGGAUAUGAUUCAUCUUUGAGAACUUCUCUUGGGGCAUCUCACACACUGUCUUUCUUGCAACAGCUAGAGGAAGAGCCUUUGGAUUGUUUAUCAACCUCUCAUUGUCACUCCUCGAAGAAAAGAGAUGAACGAGAGAAGCAGAACUACAAUAAGUCAAUACCGAAAAUAACAAGUAAAAUAGACCACACACCUCCUGAAUCAAACACAGCCAUGGCCAUGAGUAAUCUGUCCAAUGGUGAAAGUAAUAUUAAUGUCCCACCAUUAUCUUCAAGAUCACGACUGUCUUUAGUGAACUACACUGAAGGAAAGAAGCAGUCCACUUUAAAGAGUUUCUUUCACAAAACCUGCUCUGAAAGAAAACAAAGCUCACACCUCAAACCAGAAACUGAGAACAUUGGAAUAUCUACAGCGUUAUCCGGCAGCCCUGAAAAACCUAAAAGUUCCCUGCCUGAAAGCCUCACAAAAACAAAUCACAAAAACCGCAAAAGUAUACAGCACUCCAAAGAACUGCAGACCAACUCUAAACGUUCCUAUUCCAGGAAUUCAUCUUCAGCACGCAGUCGUUUCAUAGCAAAUGAAAAUGUCAUUCAAAAUGAUGAAUCUGUUACAUUCAAGCCUGUUCAUAAAUGUCAACGUCAAACUUCUGCUGCACUGUGUUCAGCUGACUCGAUUGGUGAUCUUCCUAGUAGAGAUGUUGAAGAUGAUGAUGUGUUUGAAGACAUCUUCUCACCAGCCAACAAUGCCCUUAAACAGAGGGUCAUUUUGUUUGGUUCAACCUCAGAAGCAGUGCACAUGUCCACUUUUGACCUAGAGGACUCAAACAAGAAGAGCAAGAGAUCGUGUAGUAAAAAGCGAAAACAUCAAAAUAUUGAUAUUAAAGACUUGGUUCAUUCAUCGGACCCUGUGGAUAUGAUGGAGGAAAUUGUUCCUGAGACGCAUGAAUCAAGGCCUGAAUAUUUGUCUGUGGAGACAUUUGAGGUGCCUCAGUCACCCAGGUUUGUAGAAGUAAAAAUCAAGCCGUUGGCAAAGAAACCAAGAAAGCAAACUAGGCUGAGCUCUGCUGUUCUCUCUGAAGUGAAGGAACAUAAAAGCUCUUUUAAACUCAGUCCUGCUAACGAAAAGGCGGCAACGGCUUCCUCUCCAAUGUCAUCCUCUGCGGUUAACAUGAAGCUGCAAAUACAGAAGUUUCUCAAACCUGACCCUGACCCCAAACGUGGUAUUGAAAAGAAACAGAUGGGUUUAAAAAUUGCAGGGAAAGAGAAUAAAAGCACAGCUUAUGGGAUCAUUGAGAGAAGUUAUGAAAUGUGUAGCAAACCGGAAACUAUGAAAAAGGACAAGUACAUGAAGAAAAAUAGAUCCUUGGUAAUGACAAGCAUGCCCACUGAGAAGCAAGAGGUAGUCUUCCAGCUGGUCAGAAAUCUGGGUGGUUUUACAGUGGUCGAUAAUGUGUGUGAAAGCACCACUCAUGUGGUGUCCGGCAGCCCACGGCGGACGCUUAAUAUCCUGUUAGGCAUUGCACGUGGCUGCUGGAUCCUCUCCUUUGAGUGGAUCCUAUGGUGUUUGGAGCACAGGCAGUGGGUUCCUGAAGAACCGUAUGAGCUAUCCGAUCAGUUUCCAGCUGCGCCUAUAUGCCGACUGCAGCAGCAUCUCUCUGCUGGGGAACAUCAGCAGGACCUGUUCCAGAAGCAGCUGCCCAUGUUUGUGUCCCCACACUCCCAGCCCCCCUGCAGCAGCCUAACAGAACUCAUCCAGCUGUGUGGAGGAACUGUGUGCCGGAGUGUGCGGCAGGCCGGGAUCUGUAUUGGAGAGUAUAAUGGCAAGAAACCAGAGGGGAGCCACAGUCUUUCUGAACAGUGGAUUUUAGACAGUGUCACCCAUCUCAUACUACUCCCAUAUAAAAAUUAUGUCUUGGAAUGAAGAUCCCUGGAAUUUGAUACUCCUGAAGUUGUAAAAAUUGGCUGUGACUUUAUUAUUAUUUGCAAUCUGUGUAGCAACUACUAUUAUUAAAUUCUAUUGUAUUAUGUGUUUUUGGCAACUUAAGUAGUGCAGUGUUACUGUCUUAUUAUUAAGAUUUCUUAUCUUACUGUGUGUUUAUUUGUAACAAGCAAUUUAAUAAAACUGACUGUAAAAGCUGAAAACAUUCUUCAAUAAAUGUAAAGGUGGUUGAGAGUAAAGAGUACAUGUUCGCCUGAAUGUACCAUGGUUGUACAAGGCACUGUUGAAAAUAAAAUUCUGACAAACUUGA